AUGGCGGAGAAAACGAAGGCCAGAAAAGUUCUUGCAAGAUCCGAGCUGCAUUCAAGGGAUUUGGCGGAGCGAUUUGAUGCUCAAAGUCCUGUAGUCGACGUGGAUUUGGCGAUGGCAGCGGCAAUCAGAUUUUUGUCCGACGCCGAUGAGGAAAGGUCAUGGUGUAAAGGAUUGCCUCGGGGUAAAGCAAAGGCCCCUUUUCCGACUGUUGCAAAGGAAUCGAUGAAGGAAAAAGAAACUGUAAAAUUUAAGGAUCCGGCUACUCAAAAUAUUUGGAAGUCAAAGGCACUAGAAAAGACUGAAAAAGGAGCUGGGCAUGGAAUGGAAUCAAAGGCAUCUUCAUCUGGACUAUCGAUCAAGGAAAAACAGGCUACUCCGAUUGAUUUAGUGGAUCAAAGUCCCUCCAAUCCGUCCUCUGAAAAAUGGAGAAUUACCAAGGAAAAACAUGCAACAAUUAUGAAGAAUAGCAAAGAAGAAGGUAAGCCGGACUCUUGGGAUACGCCGGAUCAAAAUAAGAAGCUGACAGAAAGCGAAAACAAUCAUCAACAACGAGUUGUCUGUAAACAGCUCGCUGUUUUUGUUCCACAGAUUGAUUUAAAAUCUCGAUUCGCUGUCUUAGAUGAUCUGAAUGAUGAUAACAGUGAAGCGAUUCGGGAAAUGAAUAAUAUUAAUAUCAAGGAGACGGAUAAAGAGGGUCAAGUUGAUGGGGUUGUGGUGUCUGAAGAAGAAUCUGAUUCGGAUGUGGAGGCGGAUAACACUGGAAUAGAUUUGCGGUUGAUUGUGGAUGGUGAAUGA